AUGCAGAAUGAAGAAGAUGGAAGUGGCUUUCCAACAGUGAUCACGAGAAGUCAAAUUGUUAAAAUGGAUGAGGUAUAACACGAUAUUUCGCUCAAAUUAUUUGCCUUAUUUCUAUAGGACUCUCCAAAAACAGAUAGUAUUGACAUAUAUGGAGAUUUUUUUCCCGAGAAACAAGAAACUGUUGAUGGAAAGAAAACGCAAAAAACAAAGUAUCAAACGAAGGAUCCAGUUGAUGAUAAAUCUGGUACGUUUAUAACUUUCAAAAGAAAUUUGUUUCAAAUCAUCUUCACUCCAGAAGAUAUAACUACUGAAGAAAGCACUCAGACAGCGUACCUAGUAAUGAUAAUCAAACUUUCAAUCCUUCACAAAAUUGCCUUGCGAAAAAGCAGGAAAUUAUAAGUAUUACCAUGUUCGUGCGCCAGUAUUACAUGACGUAUUGCCUUUGAUAUGCGCCGUUGUUGUUGAUAGCUAAUGCCCCGUGUUGAAGAUCAUAGUAUAGCAUGAUUUUAACAUGCAUUUGUACGUAAGAUUUAAUUUUACUUGAUUUGUACAAACGAAAUGACACUUUAGUCUGAGAAGUGGAUGAGGGACACACCCGCUUCACUUCUAAUAACACUUCUAGCAACACUUCUAGCACAUUCCUUGCAAUAGCAACUCCUAGUUAUGUAAAUAACAUUGUGUGUUGUGCAGUUUGUUCUUCGAAAAGUGGUGAAACACAACGCACUCGUUCUGUUACGUGCUGAAUCACCGGCAAAACGUUACAUCGUAAAAUUGAUCUCCAAAAUUUUUUGACGGAUUUCGGUUGAGUGAAUAAGAGAUCAGGGCAAGUUCAGGGGAUGUAUGGGCAAUGCCUGAAUAUUUAUCAAUUAUUGGACGAGGUUGAGCAAAAUAUCGUGAUUUGUCGGUGGCGAGCAGAUCAAUUAUUUGCCGAUGCCGAAGGCAGAGGCAAAUAAUUGAUCUGCGAGCCACCGACAAAUCACGAUAUUUUGCGAGAACCGAAUUCAAUAAUUGUUUUAUCAUUCACUUCAUUUUAUCUUUCGUUCAAUAUAAAUUCGCCGUCGCUCUUUCUUGCUUCUGCAUUAAACUUGCGAAGGACGUUGGCAAGAGUUUCUUUUGUAGUUUUAAGCCAACUAAAUCGUCUUUGUUGAUUUAGUCUUGCUUCUAAAUGCUGGCGAAAGACAUUGACGGCGGUUUUAGUUGCUUUUUUAUGUUUAAAUAAGCAAGACAACUCAUUUUCCGAAAGUUCAGCAAAGCGAGCCGCCAUUGUUUACAAAAAUUGAAGACAAUGCGCAUGCUCAGACUAUUAUUUGUAGCUGAGCAACGUUUUUAACAAAUGCGCAUGCUCAGACUAUUAUUUGCACGCAGUUAUUUGCAGGUAAAUUAACCAAUCAAAAUUGAGAACACUAUAAAGUGAAUGAUAAUAAAAGUUCUCGGAGGUAAAAGAUAUAGCCCAUAGAUAUCUUAUAUACACUAGAUAGCGCUUCUCUUUUAGUAAAAUUGAAGCCAAGAAUAUUCCAGCGGUUACCCCCAUUUGAAUAGAUGGCGGCCAUGUUGGUAGUUCCCACUCGCUAAUAAACGCAAAAAAAACAACAAUCACUUGAAUAGUUUAAAAAUGUAUUUGGAAUAAAUUUAACUUAAUGUUUAAGUUCCCUGUUUACGAAAUAGAAAACAUACCAAUCUUCUCAGUUCAUGGGAAACCCUGAGCCUGCAAUCACGUCUUCAAUUUUUGAAUUGCAGAAUAUUUAGAUGCACUAUCUUGUGUAUAAGAUAUCUAUGGUAUAGCCUUGACCGCUGACCUUAAACCCUAAUCGUACCAUUAUCAUAACUACGGUCGGUGCCACUGUAGGGAUAUACAAUCACCUGAAAAAUAUAAGCAAGACUUCAAAUUCGGCGUUUCGAGUGCUUCGCUCGAAACGUCGACAUUCUGCUUAUAUUUUGCAGAUAGUUGUAUAUCCUUCAUAUAGCGGCUUCUAUUAUCAUAAACCUAACUUUGGAAAUAAAACAACUUCACCAUUAACCCAAGGCCUUAUCUCUAUUUACGUAUGGAAGCGCAAAUAAGGGUAAGAGGUGAGAUAAAACAAUCCAGAAUGACAAUACAAUCAUGCUGAGUAUCUCAAAUUGAUUUUUCAGAUAUUCAUGAAGCUUCGACGGUGAUCAGUGUUCCCAUUCCAGAAAUACUCCCUGACGAUCUGGAUAUUAAUGAAAAUUGUAAAUAUGCCAUCGGUCCUAAAACUUUAAGCAUCAUGGGUAAAUUAAAUGGAAGGAUGGUUACGGUUAAAAAAUAUCAACGAACAAUUCCUGAUUGCGAAAUAUCACAACUUCUUAACGACGAGUAUGAGACGAUCAGGUUCGUAGAAUAGAUGUAUAUUUAGAAACAAAAUGCCUUGUUGGGUGAUAUGAACCUAUAAUGAUAUUCAAACAAGAUGUCUGCCGAGGCGUUCAGGUUGCACGGGUUGCAAUAUUCACACUCGGUUACUUUUUGAAUGAAUGAAUGAAUGAUUUAUUUAGACACGUUACGUCCAGGAGCAUAAAGCUCGUUCAAAAUACGAACGUGCAACUGUGGUAAUUAUAUUAUACAAUUACUUUAUGGUUUCCGUGUUUGGAUGGCCUGAUCCAAACACGCGGGAAUGUUGCGAGAGUUAAGAAAAGCGCUUUUCUUAACUCGAGCAACAUUUCCAAGUGUUUGGAUCAGGCCAUCCUAACAUGGAAACCAUAAAGUGAUUGCUUUAUAAAAUAACAACAACACGAUAGUCUUCCGUGUUUGGAUGACCUGAUCCAAACACGGGUUUCGACCAAUCAGAACACGCGUUAUAUACAUGUUAUUUUAUAAAACUAUUUACAUGUCAAAUAGGUUAUCAAGAAAUAAUGUACAAGAAUGAGAUUAAUUACAGAAAAGCUAAAAAAACAACGGUCCUUAAGUUACUUAUAAAGCUAUUAAAAUCUACCGACUGAUGAACUAUUACAGGAAGUUCGUUCCAAUACUUACCAGCAGCAUAGCUAAACGAUUUCUUCUUCCACUGCAGAUUAAAUUUAGGAAGAGCGAGGUAUACCCAUCACCUCUCAGUCUAUACUUAGUCUUCCUAAAGUGGAAGAGAUCUCUGAUAUAUGAGGGGCCAUUACAAAAUAAGCAUUUAUAAAGUAACUCAAUUUGAGCUCGUUAAGAUUGGUUUUCCUAUUAGAGCUUUAUGACAGUAGGCUAGGUUCAAACUAAUCUCUAGUUUCUAUAUUAUCUAGAUUUGCCAAAACGCCCAUUCCGGAGUGUCACAGUGUCACACUACCUCUAAUCUUCCCAAAAAUGUUCCGUUUUAUUCCCGCUCCAAUUACUGUCGAUACUAACAAUCACUAUUAAAUUUCAUGUCCUGUGUAGUUGUUAUAGGUUUCCAAACUCUCAAUUUAUCAUAUUUUUAUUCUUGCAUGCUAUUUCGUCAAUGAAAUCUCAAUCAAGUACUGAUUCUGAUGUUGUUUUUCGAUCCAGGUGUCUUUACCAUCCAAAUAUUGCAUUACUGAUAGCCAUAUGUAAUGGACCAACAACUAUGGAACAAUAUCUCGUAUUUGAACCGUUGGAAUACCACUUUCUCCACAGACUACUGUUUGAAGAGAAAGCUAAGUUAGAGGAGGACUCAAUAUUAAAAAUCGCUCAUGAUGUAGCCAAUGCUAUGCAAUACGUUUAUAACAUGGGAUUUUUACAUUGUUAUCUUGGAGCACAUAGUGUUAUAGUUACACGUGAUUACACUGCUAAG